CUCCCCCCAUUAAACAUGUGUGUGUGUGUGUGUGUGUGUUUGUGUAUGUGUGUGUGUGAGUGUGUCCUCCUCCCUUCAGUCUCUCCAUGGCUGGAUUGUGGCAGCAGCUCAGCUCCCUGCGGCAGGGUCGAGCUCUGGCUCUCCUUCACUUCAUUUGUCUUCUCUACCUACCCUCAGGUGCUCUUCCCUGGGAUAAGAAAGCGAGCCCACCCCCUUCUCCGGAGGGAUUUCAGGUGGUGAAGGGGAAUUUCUCUCGGAUUUUCCUCCGUGUUGGCUACCAUAAGAUCGCAGAGAUUCCUGCGGGAGCACGUAACAUCAGCAUACAGGAGACAGUGAAGAGCCGAAACUACCUGGCUCUGCAGACCAAAAGUGGCAUCUCCAUCAUCAAUGGCAACUGGGUGAUUGACAGGCCGGGCAUCAUCACUGCUGUGGGAACACAGCUGACGUACCAACGACCCAAUGAAAUCCGCUCACGCAACGGAGAGUCCAUCACAGCGCCUGGGCCGCUGACUGAGGACCUGCAUGUUUAUCUGAUCUACCAACAACCAGGCCCCAGUGUACACUAUGAAUACAGUAUGCCUUUACAAAACACACACCCCACCUCUGAGCCACACACACCUUCUGAUAUCCUGCCGCUGGUUCAGACAGUACGCCCGACCGACCCAGGUGAGGAGGUCAACCCAGGUGAUGCCACCAAGAAUGACAUCAUCAAAGUGGAACUGCACCCUAACCGUGUUCCCUCCGACCCAAGCGUGAACUCGAACCCGCAUCCCACCUACACGUGGACGAAGAGCGGGCACACGGCGUGCAGCACGACCUGUGGCACUGGUAGUCGUCAGGUACUCUGGGAGUGUGUUGAGAAUGACUCCCAGGCGAGUGUUGCUGCUGACCUCUGCGACCCUGACCUUGAACCAACUAACCGGGAAGAGGAAUGCAACAUCCAGCCAUGUCCGGCAUACUGGGACGUGGGGGAGUGGUCAGAGUGCAGCAGGAGGUGCGGACCCGGCAAUCAACACCGCCAGGUCAUCUGCCGCCAGGUCACUCGCGCUCACGCCGUCAAUGGGACGGAGACUGCGGUCACCGUGGGACCGGAGAUGUGUGGGCUGUCUGAUAGGCCGGUGACCAAGUCCACAUGUCAGCUGAAGAUUUGCAGCCAGUGGGAGAUCCGGUCUGAGUGGAGCCCGUGUUCAGUGCCGUGUGGGGUGGGCCAGCGCAGCAGGGAGGUGGUGUGUCUGAGCAACCAGGGUGACGUGGAGGACGAUGGGGAGUGUAACAUGAACCUAAAGCCAGAAACAUUACAGAACUGUGACAUGGGAGCCUGUGCACGCAGCUGGUUCUCCUCCCUCUGGAGCCAACGGUGCUCUGCAGAGUGUGGUCAAGGCAAUCGAACCCGGACGACAGUGUGUCUGAUAAAUCAUGCCACUGAUCUACCAUUGGACAGCUGCGACGGGGAACGCCCACCGGAAGCGACAUCUUGUGAUUCAGGCCCCUGCCAGGACCGUCUGGAGUGGUACGCCGGACCCUGGGGUCAGUGUUCUGCAGAGUGCGGGAAUGGCACGCAGACCCGGAGUUUGGUUUGUAUUUUCAACAACAACGGGCUCAUGGAGGUUGUGGACGAGUUCAAAUGUUCCAGUCUCCCUCAGCCAAUCACAGCUCAGCCCUGCAGACUGAGGCCAUGUGGCGUCCAGUGGUACGUCACGGAUUGGAGCGCGUGUUCACGUUCCUGCAACGGUGGCUACCGUGUUCGUGAGGUGCGAUGUCUUGCUGACAACAUUGCCCCCAGUGACCGCUGCGACCCGAGCUCGACCCCAGAGAGCCAAGAAGAAUGCAACAAACAGCCAUGUUUAGCUGAGAUAAAUCCGUCAUGCGGCGACCAGUAUCAUAACUGCAUGGUGGUGGUUCAAGCCCGACUCUGCAUCUACCCUUACUACAGAAGCGUCUGCUGCGCCUCCUGCUCCCGCGCCCACAAAACAUACCCCAACUCACUUCAGAAGAACCACAUCCGCAGGUGAUGCUGCUUCACGCAUCGCUUCAGGUCACAACAGUUCAGUCUGAAUAAUAAUAACAACAAUAAUAAUGAUAAGAAACAGCACUGUGAACAUAAUCUAUCUGCAGCAGAUUAACCGAAUCAGCUGCUUCCUUUUAUUCUGUUUUCACUAUGUAAAGGUGUAGAGUUCUGACCCUCCUCACACUUUUGAUCCUCACUACUACUUGUAUAUUUAUUCUGAAUAAAGGGUGUAUAACUUCUGGUACUCUAGCUGUAGCUUGUGUUAUUCCAGAUGCCUGUAGCAGACACAUCAAUGUUGUAACGUGUGCUGAAGUCUCCUGGUCGACUCUGUAGAGGAAUCAUGAAGAAUCAAAGUGUCCUUUGAGUCGCAGUGUUGAUUGCGACACCGAAUCAGAUGAUUUCUCCUUCCCAUUUUCCUCCGGCAAACAUCGGGUGUUGAUUGUACUUGCUGAUCUCACUGUGAAUCAAGUCCAGUCUGCGUUUCAGUUCAACUCUGUGGACCACAGCACAGAGCUCACACAGGCUAAUUGGAUGCUACCCAGUGGAAAUUGGUAGUGAGUUGCAAUAAACUUCACGAGUACAUCCAUCAGCAGUAUUAAUAAGAAACCAAGUGUAUGUUUCCACAGACUCUUUGUCACGCUUCGAACUGUGUUUUAGAGCUGAUCAGUCUGUUUUUAUACCAACUUCCCAGGACUGAAAACUAGAACAUGUCGAUCUGAUGGAGGAACUUCUUUUUCAUAGCAGAUAGUAUCUGUUCGCCUCAAUAAAAUCACUGUUAUAUACUCAUCAGUGGAGUGUGGAGAAAAUGGUAAGCUGAAGUCGAGAGCUGAAGACUGGGCAGCUUUCAGAUGUGAAAAUAUCCAGCAAUGCUGGAAGUAAACAUGAAUCGGUAAUAUUUGAAUGUUAUUAACACCUUAACUCUUCAGGAGGACACACAGCUGGGUUCAGAUUCAGGUUCAGCAGAGUCUCUGAUGGAUCCUGACGCAUUUUUUUGAAGUUUAGAUAUUAUUAUAUUUAGCAAAACUCUCCCUGAUGUAAACAUUUAUAUAUAAAAUUUAAAUGUUUGGCUCUGACACUCACCUUUUGAGCUUUGGUCCGGCUUUCAUGUUCUUCACACUGAGUGUUCUUCUUUUUCUCACCUGGAUUCAUGUCAUGUCAAACUCACGUCCACAUCAGCUCACACACACUUUUCAUCUGCAGAGGAAACACAAAUGAUUCAUCUGCACAUCAACUCAAAUCAUCCUUCAUGCGUCAGCUCCUCUGUGUGGGGUGGAGGGAGACGACUCUCGGGUAUUUGAAUUUGGGCUGCAGUUACUCAGUCUUCUUAUUAGUUUUCCAUUUUUUGGACUAUAUGAUGUUAUUGUAAUCCGGCUCAGUACUGCACGUAUGUUUGUUUAUUUCUGUCAAAGUGAAAUAAAGUGCAGCUUAAAGGAGAAUUCCUCUUUAUGAACGAGGAUGAUGAUGGUGCCCUCUGGUGGUCAGAGGAUAAACAGCAUUAAGUCUGUUUCAGUAAAAUCCAAAACCUAAACUAUGUUGUAACUUUGCACACUGACAGCUGACGUGCAAAGAGGUCGAGACGGUUUUCCAGAGGCAGCACAGCAGCAGCUCCAAGACAUUUUUUUGUGAAUGAACGUUUCCUGUCACGUCUCUUACACCAACUC